AUGCUGCGCCAACUCGUAUUGGCACUUCUGGUGGCGCAAUCUUGGCAACAAGGGAUGUUGUUAGGCAAGUGAAAGGUUUCUCUUCCGACCCUCAAUUCUGAACAUUUCCAGACCUUCAUCCGGCUGCAAUCCCGCACGACAUCGCCGAGAACUUGGGUUUCGUCGAAAGAAACGAAGGAAUGAGAGAUGCUUUGCUGCUCGAGAACAUGGACAUGGGUCUGUUGGUCGAUCCCGAAGGAAAACCUAUCGACGAACCUCAAAAAGCUCACUCCAUGUUGUGAGUAUUUUCUUUGUCUUACUGUAGGAGUUUUUCCUACUUCUCUAAAAACAUUCUAAAAUAUCAAAUGAACCGCUGAUCGGAUCAGCUCAACCCCAUAUUUUACGAUCGAAAUAAAGCUUUAGCUUUUGUAACCGAUGUAUAAGACCAGAGCUGUCCGAAAAAUUCGUUUUAGUUAGAGAAAUCGGUUGAGAAACAGUUAUGUUUAAAUGAUCUACGAAAAAUUUUGGCAACAUCUUUCUAGUUUUCUGCAAGUUCCCAAAAAUGAAAACAAAUUAGCUUUCAAAGGCUUUUCUAAGGACUUUUGCCAACUAAGUUCAAUUUAUCGAUGUACUUCUUUUAGCUCCAUUUUUUCAGAAGGUAUCAAAGAUUCCAAAUAAUUAUAACGUAAAAAAGUUGAAUCACGAUUUAAAAAUCUAAAAAAAGGCUUCAAAGUUUAGACGCAAUUUUCCAAUUAAAAAUAUACUCAAAAGGCUCUGAAAAGAGUGCUCACAACUUGAAAAAUCAUUAUUUUGCAGAAUUGAAGAAGAACUGCGACGUGAAGCGGCCGAAAUUCAGCGAAUCCUUUCUGGGAAAAGUGUUGAGGCCAGCCGCGAAGUUGGACUGAGCACCUGGCUCUGGACACUUUUCGGUUGCUCAUUAGUCGUGAGCUGUGGUGUGAUCCCCGCUUUCCUUUUGCCGGCCAAUACUCACAACUAUUUCUCUUCCGAAGGUCACAAUUUUCUCAUCUUGAUCAAACAAAACAUCAAAAGUUCCAUUUUAGAAGGAAAACGGAAUCUGAACAAGUUGCUGUCGUUCGCAGUUGGAUCUCUCCUUGGCGACGUUUUUCUGCAUCUUCUUCCGGAGGCGUAUUCUUCUAAUGGUUUGUAUCUGCUCUAGAAGAUGGGAUUUCUUUAAUUUUUAGAAGACCACGUGACAAUCGGACUUUGGAUUUUAGCAGGUCUUCUCACAUUUUCUUUUGUCGAGAAGUUAGGAGCUACCAAUGAAGAAAGUCAUCACCAGGUAAGAACUUCAAGAUUUUUUUCGUGUAUUUUUUCUUCUAAGCUUUUUUUAGUAUUGUUUUCUAUUAAAUUGAGAUAAAACGGGAUGCCCCUCCCAAAAACGGAUCUAUUAUCUUUUUUUAGUAUUAUUUUCUAUUAAAUUGAGAUAAAACAGGGAUGCCCGUCCUAAAAAAACGGAUUCAUUAUCCUUGGAAUGAAACUCCUUCAAUAACAAACUUUCAGUUGACCGCUAUUAUGAACUUGGCUGCCAACGUUGUCGACAACUUCACUCAUGGACUUGCCGUGGGAGGAAGCUUCCUGGUUUCGCCUAAGGUAGUUUUCAAAGAAUAAUCACGGGAAUAUCCUUAGAAAAAUUUAUGUAGAACACUUUUAAGCUUUGAAAUUUUCCCGGUUGCGAUUUAAAGAGUUGUCUUUUUAUUACCAACUUGUUUUCUCAGGAGGAAACAAACUUACAAGUUAGAAAAAUCAAAUACUUCUGUUUUUCUCUCUAGUUAACAAAACUUUUCUUUUUUUCUUUUUUUGAAUUUUUUUGAGUUAAGCUGUGACUUUGAAAAGAACGGAAUCGUUGAUCCUUUCAACUUGAAACAUGUAUAAAUUUUCUGACGGAACUCUACUUUUUUCAAAGUUUUAGAGCUAGCGUAAAAAAAAUUUGUAAUUAAGGCCUUUUUCAAAAUUCCUGUCAUCAGGUAAAAACCAAGCCUUGAUUAGAAUGAACUGAAUAGAAACCCGAAAAAUAAUAAUUUUCCAACGUUUCAUGAACAUUGGGUAAUGAAGUGAGUUUUCAGUUUGGAAUUAUGACUACGAUCACGAUUUUGGUUCAUGAAGUUCCUCACGAGGUCAGCGAUUUCGCCAUUUUGCUGAGAGCUGAUUAUGACCGUGUCGCUGCCAUGAAAGCCCAGGUUUUAUAUUUCUUUCUAUACUCAAGAUCAAUCAACUUUUUUAGUUCAUCACUGCCAGCGCUGGGAUUCUGGGAGCAUGUGGAGCUCUUUGGCUGCACACGAGCAAUUUUCCUGUCGUUGAAGCGCUGCUUCCGUUCACGGCCGGUGGUUUCCUGAACAUUGCUCUCACUCAAAUUCUUCCCGAACUAAACGAGGAGACCUCGUCCAGGUGCAUUACAUAAUGAAAAAAGAGGAAACUGGAUAAAAUGAUUGUAUCCAAUAAAGUAUAAAUAUAAGGGUUCAUUUAUUUAGGCGAGAUAUAUUGGAAACGGAAACCAUUGCCCAAACUCUCGAAAAUUCCGAAAAACAAUUGAGGACAAGUUUCUGAAAAAUCGGUUACUUCAAAUGAACAUAUUUCUGGCAAUAUUCUCAACGGAAGGCACAAAAUGCUGUACAUGAUAGCUUUUGAAAAAUCUCUAUCGGUUUUUAUUAAAAUACUUCACACCAUAAGGAUGUCACUAAGUUUCUGUUGUUUCCACACGCUCUUGCUGAGGCUAAAGUACGGGGUUUCCGUGUUUUUUUUUUGCCUAAACGAGAAUGUAUGAUUCCCUUUUCAUUACAAAGUGUACCUGUCAACAUUUUCCCAACCAUUGAAAUUUUUCCGUUUCAGGCAGAACUUGCGUCAGCUCGUUUUCGUGAUGGCUGGCGUUCUCUCGAUGACGGCCAUGAAUCUCAUUGCUUUCUAA